UAACAACAUCCCCAACUCUUCCCGUCUCUAAAGCUACUGUCGCCUGCCGCACGGCAAACAACUGCCACACGGCCCAGAGCCCGCCAGAGCCUCAGUUACACUUUUCAUUCCCCUUUUUCCCACCUCCUUCAAGAUUGAAUUCCUUUCAGCUACUAUCGUAUUACCCCAGAAAUCGGAAAGAGUCUUCGUGUCGUUCCUACUUGGCAUGCGAGACUAGACUGCAUACUUUGUUCUACCACGUCAACGCGUUUCCUCCCUUGUGCCUCUUUUCUCACAAAACUUCCGACCAACACGGGACCGGUACUUUGAUUACUUCAUGCCUGUUGAAUAUCCGGAAUAAUGAGAGUCGCGUGCCUUUCGCUGCGUCAAUAUCAACGUCGAAUCUUGGUGUCGCUGUUGAUCUCGGCAUCUCUCUUCUGGUUUCUCGUGCCACUGCGCAAACAUGAGCCACGCCCUCUCUCGUCAAUCCAAAUACAACAAAGAUACCCCUUGCUUUCCAGACACGUGCACAGCUUCAAUGGAACUGGAGGUGCAUGGUACAUUCCACCUCACUGGUUGUCACAUUCAGAUGUGCAUCCAGAAAACAUAGUCGAUGCCGCCUUGUUGGCAUCUCAAGCCGCAAACACCAAAGGCCGCUUGAUGGAUCACUCGAAUAUCCCCUUGAUCAUGCAUCAAACAUGGAAGGAUCGCCAUGUCGACACCUGGACAGAUCUCCUCCGCAACAGUGUGGAGAAAUGGCUAACCUACGUGGUCGCUGACGACAUGGCCUAUUUCUUCUGGGAGGAUGAAGGCAUUCUGCAAUUCCUGGAGGAAUUUGAGCCCGAGUUCGUCCAGGACUUUAUAAACUUACCAGCCAAUGUCGAGCGCACAGACGUCUUUCGCAUUUUGGUUGUCAAAUGGUUUGGCGGAAUUUACGCCGACGUUGACACUCAACCACUCCGCCAACCUGCAACAUGGAUCUCCGCAGCAGAUCUCGCACCCUGGACAGACCCCAUAACAGACACGACAUUCACAUCCAACAGUCCCGUGAGCCUGAUUCUGGGCAUUGAAGCCGACACCUCCCCAAAGUCCAACGACUACUGGCGAAUGGGCUACUCGUCCCCAAUCCAACUCACGCAAUGGGCCCUAGCCUCAUCGACAGGCCACCCAGUCCUUUUACGGUUCAUGGACAUACUAUUCCGCCGCUUGGCCCAUGUUGCAAACGAGAACGGCGGCACAAUCACAUCGCCUAGCGCCAUUGAACAAUUGCGAUUCCUCGGGCCACUAACAUUGACAGGUCCUGAAGCCGUCACCGUCGCAACACAGGAUUGGCUCGAAGAACAGGCCGGUCUACGCUGGAACGCCCUGACAGGUUUACAUGAUGGUGGACGCGCUAAACUCGUCGAAGACGUCCUGAUCCUUCCGAUCACGGCCUUCAGCCCUGGCCGUGGGCGAUACGGAAACAUGGGUUCAAAGCCGGUCACGCAUCCUGCGGCACGAGUCUGGCAUCAAGCACAGGGGAGUUGGCGCUCCUUCAACCCCAAGGCUGAGUUUGGCAAGUUUUGUCGCACAUUUUUCGGCAUGUGCAGGGAAUGGUCGAAAGGACAGGAUUGAGAUGUUUUGGUUUGACCGGCCCACGCUCGGGCGGUCUCUGUAUGAACACGAGCCAUCGUGCCGAAUGACUGCAACACCGGCGUGGCAGUCGAAAAAGGAACCAAAGACUAGGUAUAACGAUGACCACGGAAAGCCCCCGACUCGCCUACCAGGCAGCUACGGUCUCGAGAGGAAGGAUGGUGGCUCUCAAAAAAGCAGCCGCUCCGGCGCGGCUCCGACACAGCGUCCGAGAAAGGGGUAUGAAGAAUCAGAAAUCACGAUGACCACGAAAAUCCACAAUCACUCUGCAAUCCAGCUGCAGCACUAAAAGGAAAGACGGGCCUGCACCAAGGAAAAAGACUGAAGGCAAAAAUGGCGCCUCACUAACAAAGAGAGUUUGCCAGACGUGUCCGAAUAAUGCAGGGACAAUACACUCUGAAAGUG